AGCAGUGCCGACUCAUCGCAUAAAAGAUCUUUGCUAAACGUCGCUAUAUCCUUCUUAAACUAGAUCUUUCAAAGUUCUCUUUAUCCACUGGCAACCUAUUAGUAAUUUUUUUAUCUUGCAACAUGAUUAUAACACUGAAAAACUUACAGCAGCAAACAUUUACAGUGGAAAUUGAUCCAUCGCAAACGGUAAAAGAUUUGAAACAAAAGAUUGAAACUCAAAAAGGUUUCCCUGCUGAACAUCAGAAAUUAAUAUACGCUGGAAAAAUAUUAACAGAUGAUCACCCAUUAGCAGAAUAUAACAUAGAUGAAAAAAAAUUCAUAGUUGUUAUGGUUACAAAACUUAAAACUGGUAAUGGUCAUACAGCAGCUGAAGAAGAUCAUACAAAUACAGAAACUAAAGAAGAAAGUAGUACAACUAGCUCAGUACCAGAACCUAGUUCAAACCCUAGUGUCCAGGGUGCAUCAAACCCUGUUAGUACUGCACAAGAGCAAUCUGCAGCAAGUACUGCUACAGAAUGUGCUGGAGGUCAAGCUGAAAGUGCCUUGUUAAUGGGUGAAAAUUAUAAUACUAUGGUGAACAACAUCAUGGAUAUGGGGUAUGAACGUGAACAGGUUGAACAAGCAUUAAGAGCAAGUUUCAAUAACCCUGAUAGAGCUGUUGAAUAUCUUGUAACGGGUAUACCAGCUCAGCUGUUUGAAGAUUUACCAGAAGAUCAACUUGAAGCACAGGAACAAUUCCAAGAUCAUGGUCAACAUCCAUUAGCAUUUUUAAGAAUGCAACCACAAUUUCAACAAAUGCGUGAAGUUAUUCAACAAAAUCCACAAUUACUCAAUGCUAUGCUUCAACAAAUCGGCCAAACUAAUCCUGCAUUGUUGCAACUUAUUUCACAAAAUCAAGAAGCAUUUGUGCGUAUGCUGAAUGAACCUGUAGAAACAACUGGUGGUACAGGUGGAAGGACUACACCUGUAUCUGCAUCAACUGUUGCACCAACUUCUGCUCCUGGUGGUGGCAACAGUGGACCUGUUGCAGGUGCAAGAAGAGGAGGGCCGUUUGUAGAGACUUCCAUAAUUGAGAUAACACCGCAAGAUAAAGAAGCUAUUGAAAGGUUGAAAGCAUUAGGAUUCCCAGAACACUUAGUUGUACAAGCAUAUUUUGCGUGUGAAAAGAAUGAAAACUUAGCUGCAAAUUUUUUGUUAUCACAAAUUCAUGAUGACUGAAGUAAUACACUUUAAUGAUUUCACAAUAAGGAGUUAAAGGACUGAUAUAGGGUGGGUAAUUACACAGGCGCCAUAUUAUUUUCUAUUGGUGAAUCUUCAUUUUGUAUAUAAGUAAGUAUGCAAUCGUAUUUAUUUAUUUCUUUUGGGCAUACAUUGGCAUGUUAAGUAAAUAAUAAAAAUUUGCUGCAAUUAAAUACUAUAAUACUUUUAACAUUAAAUUGUCAGUCUUUUAAGCUGUUUUAAGUUAAAAGGCAUUUUACGUAUUUUAUGUAUUUUAAGAUUGAAAAUUAAUAGUUUGCAUCAGUGUUAUAAUCCAUCCUUAUAGUCUGGCAGUUAUUCUUCGGCAAAAAUUUUUGUUUUUUGAAUAUAUGGAGCAGUGUAAUUACAUUUUUAUGUAAGAAAGCCUGCUUGCUUAAUAAAGAAAUAUACAAAAUAUAAAUACGUCAAUGUAUUUAUAUGUUAAGCUAUUGUACAAUACACAUACGUGCGAAUUUGUAUACGCAAGUAAAGUUAUACGUGUAUUCAAAUUCCGUACAUGGAAGCGCGCGUGUCUGCGCGUAUUCAUGACAAGUAUAUUUUGUACAUGUAAUAGGC